CAUUCUCAUUCUAUAUCAUUGGCAAGUCAAACCUGUUCUAAAUUGUAACAGUAAUAGCGACAUGGAUCAAAAUGAAAAUUUAAUUGAAAAAACAAAACCGAAAGUCGAGAGACAAAGGUGAACCCAGCUUUACCUGACCUAGGGUAAGCUAAACAACAAAGACAAAGCAGAAGAGGAGGAGUAAGAUAAAACAUUCAACCAUAAUGUUUUAUGGAUGCAAUGGCUGAAGAACAAAUAGAUUUCGGAGAUGAGGAGUAUGGAGGGGGACAAAAGAUGCAGUAUCAGGGAAGUGGAGCCAUACCUGCUCUUGCUGAUGAAGAGAUGAUGGGGGAAGAUGAUGAAUAUGAUGAUCUCUACAAUGAUGUUAAUGUUGGAGAAGGCUUUCUUCAGUUGAAACGAUCUGAGGCACCACCACAACCAGGUGGCCUCGGCAGUACUGGACUUCAAGCUCUGAAAAAUGAGGCUCCUGAACUGAGAGUUGAAGCUGGGGGUUCACAAGGGCUAAACAUUCCAGGAGUUUCAGUUCAAGGGAAGUACCCCAAUGUCAGUGCCCGUUAUCCUGAGCAGGAGCAGCCAGCUGUUAACAGACCAGAAAUGGGAUCUGGUAGUUAUUCAUCUGGGUCUUCUAUUUCACAGAGGGGCAGUGUUAUGGAGGGGACCCAUGAUAAGCAAGUGAAAAAUUUGGGUUUUCAAGGAUUGACUUCAGCACCCAACAAGGUUGGGAUUGAUCCUUCUAGUGUGCCUCAAAAGAUUGCCAAUGACCCUGCUCAAUCUCUAAAUUCAGGUACUGGUGGUCCUCAAGGUCCUCCACAUGUUCCACCAAAUCAAAUGGGUACGAAUGUUAAUCAUCCUGUGAUGAACGAAAAUCAGGUUCAGCCACCUAUAGAGAAUGGUCCAACCAUGCUGUUUGUUGGAGAACUCCAUUGGUGGACAACUGAUGCAGAGCUUGAGAGUGUUUUAUCUCAAUAUGGAAGGUUGAAGGAGAUUAAGUUCUUUGAUGAGAAAGCUAGUGGUAAAUCCAAAGGGUAUUGUCAGUUGAGUUCUAUGAUCCAGCUUCUUGCAGCUGCAUGCAAAGGGGGACUGAAUGGCUAUAUGUUCAAUGGGAGAGCUUGUGUUGUGGCUUUUGCUUCACCACAGACACUGAAGCAGAUGGGAGCCUCCUAUAUGAACAAAAACCAGGGCCAGUCUCAAGCACAGCCUCAAAGCAGGAGGCCAAAUGAAGGUUUGGGGAGAGGGGGUAAUCCGAAUUACCAAAGUGGAGAUGGAGGGAGGAACUACGGAAGGGGCGGCUGGGGACGGGGUGGUCAAGGAGUUGUCAACCGAGCUGGGGGUGGAGGACUAAUGAGAGGGGGAGGUGUAGUGUAUAAGAACAUGGUUGGGAUCUCAGCUGGAGUUGGAAAUGGUGCUAAUGGUGCAGGGGCCUAUGGACAAGGACCAGGUCCUGCAUUUGGUGGUCCUGCAGGUGGCAUGAUGCAUCCACAGGAUAUGGGAGCUGGGUUUGACCCAACAUAUAUGGGGCGGGGUGGUUAUGGAGGUUUUCCAGGACCUGGUUUUCCUGGCAUGCUUCCUUCAUUUCCAGCUGUUAAUACAAUGGGACUUGCUGGUGUAGCUCCUCAUGUAUCCUGCUUUCUUGGCCGUGGAAUGGCACCUAAUGGGAUGGAAAUGAUGGGUGCAUCUGGAAUGGAUGGACCUCAUGCGGGAAUGUGGACUGACACAAGCAUGGGUGGGUGGGGGGAUGAACAUGGUCGCAGGACUAGAGAGUCUAGUUAUGGCGGUGAAGAUGGUGCUUCAGAGCAUGGGUGAGACGCAAAUCAUGAAAAAGGAAGGUCGAGUGGUGCCUCUCGGGAAAGAAGGGUUUCUGAGCGUGAGUGGUCAGGCAACUCUGAUAGGAGGCAUCGUGAUGAGAAGGAACGGGACUGGGACAGGUCUGAGAGGGAGCAUAGGGAACACCGCUAUAGGGAAGAAAAAGACAGCUACAGAGAGCAUCGACAUCGAGAACGUGACUUGGAUUAUGAUGAUGACUGGGAUAGGGACAAUCUUCUGCAAGAUCUCGGAGAAGGUCCCAUGCAAUGCCAGAAGAAGAGCACAGGUCUCGAUCAAGGGAUGUGGACUUGGGAAGAGAGACAGCCUGCCAUCAGAAUGACAAAAUAUGCUAUGCGUUCUUCUUUAUCGUUUCUUAUGAGACCUUUAAUUAAGUUUUCACUCUCAGUUUCUCUCCCCUUGGUUGCUAAAUAUAUUUUAGCACCCGCUGUGAUGAUCGCUGGUCCAUAUGCAGAGUGUGGCUUCUUAAGGGAUGAAGGAGUGGAGUGGGCAACUCUUUGUUGAGGAAGAUGUGUUAGAAUGGCUGGCUUCAUUGGCUUCCUCUGAUAUUUGCUUUGGCAUUUCAAGUGUGCAAAAAAAUCUUUUUUUUGAGCACUGCUAAGAAACUGUAACCUCUGGAAAGAAAGUAAAUCCAACUGAAUUCAUGAAGUGGAUGUUGGUGAUAUGUUUCAGGAUACAACCAAUACUUACAUUAUGGUCUUCCUCUAAAGCGUUUUGUCUUGUAAAGUUGAAUCUGUUUAUUAGGUCCACAAUUUUGUAACGGCCUCCUUCAUUGUUUAUAUGGCCAUAUUUGGCUUUUAAUAAGCUUUAUGGGAGUCUUGUACAGAAAUUGAGGCUGAUUCUUGUUAUACUUUAUAUACUUGUAAUUGAUACUGUUAACUUUGUCUUAAGAAUAGGAUAGAUGAGCUAGAUGCAAAUUGUAACAUGGGGUUGAUGUUCCAACUGUAACUGGUCAAUGUAACAUAUGUACUCAGUUUCUGUUUAAGCAUUUUAUUUCCAUCAAUUGUGAAUGAUUGUGGAGUUUUUUGUUGUUAUGCUUCAAGCUUAGGAGUGACAAAUUUAUGUCUUGCUGCUGCAUUCUCUAUGUGCUGGGCUGAGAAUUUUGGGUUGAUUUGGGUUCUGUUUGGAGGGCUGAUGAUGUAUUAGUCAUAUGUAUUUUGGAGUUAAGCUUGAAAAGGCCAUUUUUAAUGUAUUAUUGUAAUGAUCACCUCUUGUAUAGAUCAAGCUUUCCUGUCUUUUUGCUUCUUAUGAAAACUGAUGUAGCAUAUGAUGUGUAUUCGAUCUACUGGUGUUUUAUCUUCUUAAUACUAUUUGUAUUUGAGGAGCAACGAAUCAUUCUUGAAGGUGUUUUUAGACAGUUAGGCUCCACCAUUACUUCUGAUGAUGAGUGGCAAUGGGCUGAUGAGGAAGGCUGUAAAAGUUCCAGUAUGUUAUCUCUUGGCAACUUCAAAAUGUGGUCUCUUCAUGUUUCUUUUCAUUUAUUUGUGUAUUUUUUUUAUCAUUGUUCUAUGUAAUGAUUUCAAUUCUUGUAAGUUAAUGCAUCUGGUGUUAUGGUUGUGGGAAAUUGGAUUUUGAUUGUAUACGACUUUGUUA